GACAAAUGAAAGGUAGAGAGAAGGGAGUUAGCUAUGGUAUAUAUACCACCACAAACCAACAUGAAGAAUCAUUGUAACUUGAGAAAGUAUAUCACACCUAAUUACAACACCUAGAUGGAUUGGUUUUAGGCAAGCUGUUCUGCAAGGGAGUUUAAGUGUGCACUGGAAGAGAGCGGAUCAUUUGCUAUAACAACAUCUGUUUUCCAGGAAGAAAGCUGAAGAACGCAUCACCACACAAGAAAAGAGAGCUUUUAAAACAGACAACAAACAUUAGUUAAGUUUUACAAGCAAGGUAUCUUCAGAAGUCAUCUUAAAUUAUUCUGUUUGCAGCAUUGCUAGUGAAUCAGGGACUGUAUCUUUCAGAAUCUUCACUUUCUAGUAAGAAGUUGAUCAGUAUCCAUAGCAACCAUGCAACUCAGAGAAGCAUCAUCAUCACUUCUCCUGUGUGCACUGGUCCUGAUUGCUACCAAGUUGACAGAUGCCUGCUCCUGUAUGCCUACUCAUUACCAAACACUAUUCUGCAGAGCUGAUGCUGUGAUCGAGGGAACGAUCAAGAGUACAUCAUUCAUAUACGGCGACAACGCAGUGACUGACAAUGAGAUCUAUGGUUCUUCAAUGGACUAUAGCUACACAGAUCUUCUUCCUCCAUUAGUUCUCCCUCGGUAUCCUCUCUUCGUUGUCUACAACCUGACUAUCAAAGAGGUCUUCAAAGGGGAAGAAGAAUUGGCAGGAAUCACUACCAUAUCAGUCUCUAGUGCAGCCAGCGGAGCUAUGUGUGGAGUGGCAGAUCUACAGGAUGGAGAAAGCUAUAUCUUGAGUGGUUUUCUAUGGGAUGGAGAGUUGAAUGUUGGCCUGUGUAGCAGUUGGGUUCAACCAGUAAAUGAUCUCUCAGCAUUCCAAAAGAGAGGACUCAAACGACUCUAUGCCAAGUCAUGUGAUGACUGUCGGAUUUGCUCAGCAAAGUACGACAAUGACUGUUUGCCUACUGAGGGGUGUAUGGGAUCUUAUACUUCACCUUGUGUCAGAAUGAACUCUGCAUGCAUCCGCAACAGCAAAGGUCACUGCUCUUGGAAAAACAGCAAAUACUCAAAGCUUUGCUGAGGACUUCAUCAUCACCAGAUAGUCAUCCACAAAAUAAACUAACUCAAGAAUUAAAUGAGAUGGAGAAAUGUUCUGUCUUGAAAAUCUAAUAGGGGGACUGAUGAAAUUUGUGAAAAUUAUUACUAAUACCAUUAAUCUUAUUGACCACUGACUUCUCCAAUUCCCAUAUAGACUUGAUACAGAGCUAAUCUGUUCUAUAAGGCAUCAAGUUAAAGAACAUGCAUUAAAGAAAAUAUUGGACUAAGUUCAGAGUGGGUCUAACAUCUACAUGUAAUUCACUCUAUGACACACCUUCUUACUAAUGGGGUGUAGCAAGAAACCUUCAGUUGAUCACAGGUCAAUUUAAGGUCCUAAAAUCAAUUAAAAGUCAUGUAUUCCAUUACAAAUUUACAAUUGAUUGAUGGUUUGCUUCAUGCAUUAACAAAUAUAAAAUGAAUUGCUUUAGUUAAUAUUUGUCUAUCACUUGUAAAUUUGCAUCUGAAAUUUGCAAAUAUCUUUUUGUAAUAACCCCGAAGUUGAAUGAUAAGUCAUUUGAUACAUUUGCCUAAUGUAUGUGACUAAUUCUUUGAUGUUUAAUUCUAGAUGCCAUUUUCAUUCUGAUGGAGAUGAUUUACAGCUCAAUUUUUUUUUAAAGAUUUGCAGAUGGUAAAGCAGUCUUCUUCUUCUGUCUUUAAUUUGACCUUACAAUAACCAAAACUGGUAUAUCUACCUUCUAUAUGAUAAAUUACUAUGAGAAACUUGUCAAUGUCAUCUUCAGAUUAUUAUGGCAUGAUUAACCUAGCAUGAGGGUUACAUAGAGGACACUGAGGUUGUUGAAUUUGGCUUAAUUUGGGUUGUGGGUUAGUAAAGCCUAACCCACAAGGGACUUAUCCAAGAUAUCCUACAUUUAUACAAAUUCAACCUUACUUCAAAAUGACAGAGUUUUUUAAUAAAAUUACUGAUGCAAAGUUGCAUAAAAAUUUACUAAGCAGUAAGGUUAUCAAGGAAAAAUUUAACCUAUCAAUUUAUUUAACUAUUGCAUUAACAGGCACUGAAUAGGGACUACCAACAUCCUGCAGGGAAUGAAUUUAAUGUGGAAUAAGAAGAAUUAAAGUUUGUCUUCCUUAUAUCUUUGUUCAAUUAUGGGGGUGUAGCAAGAAACUUUUUUUUGUAA